AUGAAUAUUGCACGAACGAGAAAGGCAUACGAAGCAAUCUGGAGUCUACUUGUGCUCAUGGGAGCUACACUCCAGAGCACGGACAAUGGUGCAAACCCAGGUGGAAUCUAUAGCUUUGGAAAUUAUCCUGUGGAUACGACUGAAAUAGCUAUAUAUUCCCAAGGCAUUACAUCUAUUGACAGCAAUAUUAAGAGACUAGUGAAGCUAGAGAAACUGGAUCUCAGUGUUAACAAGCUCAAGGCACUACCAUCUGAGAUAGGAGAGCUGAAGGAUCUAAAGAUGCUAUAUCUUAAUGGUAAUGAGCUCGGAACAUUGCCACCCGAGAUAAGAAGACUAGAAAAAUUGCAAUGCCUGUAUCUUCGUAAU